CAGGGCGGGGCCGCGGGAGCCGCCAUGCCGCGGGCGCCGGCGCUGCUGUGGCUGCUGCUGCCGGGGCUGGCGGCGCUGGAACCCCUGAGCGUGGGCAUCGCCAUCGGCGCCGCCUCGGCGCUCACCGGUUACCUCUCCUACCCCAGCUUCUACUGCAGCUACGUGGAGUGCUGCCCCGGCGACGGGCACCGCCUCAACGCCACCGCGCUGAGGGCGCAGCUGGACGCGCGGCUCUUCGGGCAGCACCUGGCCAAGGAGGUGGUGCUGAAGGCGGUGGCGGGCCUCAGCCGCAACCGCAGCCCCAAGAAGCCGCUGGCGCUGUCGCUGCACGGCUGGGGCGGCACCGGCAAGAACCUCCUGAGCCAGAUCAUCGCCGAGCACCUGCACCCCGCCGGGCUGCGCAGCAAGUUCGUCCACCUCUUCCUGGCCACGCUGCACUUCCCGCACCAGCACCAGGUCAAGCUCUACCAGGAGCAGCUGCAGAAAUGGAUCCAGGGCAAUGUCAGUGUCUGUCCCCACUCUGUCUUCAUUUUUGAUGAGAUGGACAAAUUGCACCCAGGCCUCAUUGAUGCCAUCAAGCCAUUCUUAGAUUAUUAUGAGCAGGUUAAUGGGGUGUCUUACAGAAAAGCUGUCUUCAUUUUCCUCAGCAAUGCAGGUGCAAAUUUAAUUAAUAAAGUGGCUCUUGACUUCUGGAGGAGUGGAAAGCAGAGGGAAGAGAUUCAGCUGAAAGACCUGGAGCCAGUGCUUUCUGUAGGAGUCUUCAAUAACAAGAACAGUGGUCUGUGGCACAGCAGUCUCAUUGACAGAAACCUCAUUGACUACUUUGUUCCUUUCCUGCCCCUGGAGCACAAGCACGUGAAGAUGUGCAUCAGGGCUGAAAUGAUAUCCCAUGGCCAUGCUGUCAAUGAAAACGUUGUUGAAGUGGUGAUUGAUGAGAUGACCUUCUUCCCAAAAGAGGAGAAAAUCUACUCUGAUAAAGGCUGCAAGACUGUACAGGCCAAGCUGAAUUUUCACUGGGACACUGUGAUGAGAGAUACAAAGGCUGAGGGUUGAUUAGCCUUUACCUCUCCAGAGCACUUUCAAAGCUUUUUGCAAUUUGUGUAUUUUGCAUUUAAGCUUUUUACUGCUGCAGGGAGUAUGGUGAAAAUCCCAGAGAGAGUUGUGUGGGCUUAUUUUAUUAUUAUUUUAAACUUGAAAUCCCAUUGCUCAUCUCUGAACUGGCAGGUAUCCAAAUACUGCCUUCCUGCCCACUCCUCAUAGAAAGCUUCUGAGCGAAAUAUAUAUAUGUAAGGCUGGAUACACUCUCUCCCACUUUAUUCUCCUAAGUGCAAGGACUAUUAAAUGUUUCAUUUUUCUUCCACAGAAAGUCUAGACUAGAGCAAAGGAGUAAAACAAAGGAAUUCUUCCAGGCAGCUAUACUCCCUUCCUUGUAUGUGGAGGGUCUAGUUCAUGGGCCAGUGAAAUCAAAGGUGGUGUGGCAUAUUUAGGCCUACAACAGUGUCUGCAAGAGUAAAUUCCUUGAUGCAUUGCCAGUAAGAAGCUGGCAUGCUAGAAGGUGCUAUUGUAGCUCUUACAGGUGGAGUCAGCUAUUUUGGGACAGAAGGCCAGAAUUACAGUGCACGUCUGACUGGCAUCACAUUAUCUCCUUCAGUGAUGUGGGAAGUCAUGAUGAGCUCAGGGAUAUCUGUUACUAAACAGCAGAAAAAAGGAGAAAGUAAUUGCCCCUCUGCUUCUUUUGGAGGAAAAGAAAUUGUGAUCUUCUCUAUUUUUGUAACUAAGGGGCCUAAGUGCUUUUGUGUAUAACUCUAGGAGGUUAGUCUCCCUGAGCACAGGGAAUCAGUUGGGGGAUUAGACUGUUAAAACAUACUAGAUCACUGUGUUCUUCAGCAGGAAAUCUUUCAAAAGGAUGUGACUGUUAGAACCUGUAAGGUUAAUCUGCCUGCAGGCUGCUGGACCUGAAGUCUACCAGCUCUUUAACAGUCCAUCCCAACUACACCCAAUAGACCAGGAAUGGGUAAUCCUGCUCUCAUCUUGCUGGAAGACACUUUCAUGGCAGAGGUAAUUUUUUUGAAUAGUGUAAGCAAUAGAAAAACAAAGCCCUUCCUAGAGAAUCAUAGAGAAAGGAGUAUGAAAAAUUGGAUCACAGAGCAACAUUCCCAUACCUCACUAGACAGGUACAGCUACUACUACAGCUUUAGCUUUUAAAGUUAAGGAGGGCUGUUUGGCAAGGUGAGUGACAUCUUACCCCUUGGGCAAGCUGUGAAAUUGGAAUUUGGAAGUUUAGGAAACUAGGAAAAAAUAAACUCAAUUCCCUUGGCAAGGUACCCACUUAGGAUGUGGCAAGCUUUAACUCUUAUCCAUCAUUUGUGGAUCAGAUAUCUUAGUGCAAGAUAGAAGUGCCUCUCACUUAUACAGGUAGAUGGUAAUGCGACUUAAACUGACUUGAGGGAGUAGGCUAUUUUUGUGCUGCAGAAUCAACUCACUUAAAUUCCAACUUGUUUUAAGAAGCGAUGCAGAACUUACAGGUCUCAACACUACUGCAAACUACAACUGAGAGCUUAAUACUUACAUUAACCUCUAAGUUAACAGUGUCAGUUUUCUUUUACAGCUUUGUGGAGUCUGUCAGAUGUCUGUCAGAUGUCAGCAACUGUUCACACUGAUGCAAUCUCUAGAGCCAAAUGCUAACUAGCUGUUAACCUUGGGAUGUUGGACUGUUGCUUUUCAUACAUAAUGUUUUGCCUAUUAAUGAUGUUCAUGGGUGUAAAUGCUGCAACUAGCUUCAGUUACUCUGAAUGCAAAACACUUGUGCAAUCUAAAACCACUACAUAUUACUACUGUGUUGCAGUUGGAAUAAAUAUUGUCACUCUUC